CUCUCUAUAUAUUUUGCUGGGCCCCUGGGAUUUUUUCCACCCCUCUCUCUCCCCCCUCCCUCUCUCUCUCUGGUGGCUAUAAUUAAACCUUCAAGAAGCAGCAACACCCCAUAACCCCCCUCCCUUCCCUUUCCAAAUACCCGCCUCCUUCGAUAUUUGCAUUCUCUGGAUAUUUCUCUCUUUUGCUACGUAUAUAAAUAUAUACACACGGACGAGGUAGCCUGACUUGUGUAUCUCUACUCGAUUCUCAUGGCGCAAGAGCUGGAUGACGGAGAGUUCUGGUUGCCGUCCGAGUUUCUGACGGACGACGACCUGUUAACGGAUUUCAAAACUGACCAUUUCAAGAUGAAGAGGGACGACGAGUUUUCUCAUCUGUUUGGCAACUCGUUUGGUUUCGCUUCUGAUCUGAGUUCACCCGUUGAGUCGGUCAUGGGCUCCACAGAAACUGAGAGCGACGAAGAUGACUUUGUCACUGGGUUGACCCGGAAGAUAGCUCACACCACGUUGCACGACUCCAAUUUGUCCUCUGACUACACAGCCAAGGGAUGGAAGCUCUCCGGGUCGCCACAAUCAACUCUGUGCGGUUGCAAACCGGGGUCCAGCCGUGGUAGCCCGAACAGCGUUUCCCGGGUUUCUUCACCGCCGGAUGGAAAAGAUGCAGUCGGGUGGGAUUUGCUGUAUGCGGCAGCAGGGGAAGUUGCAAGGAUGCGAAUGAUCGAGGAGACAACCCCGUUUCAUUCAAACAAACUCUUCGCUCCGCCCCCAAAACCUAGCCCUGUUGCCGUACCCGUCAAAAAGCCAAACCCGGCCACUGGCUUUUACCCGAAUCAAGCUCAAACACAAGCGCACCUUGCUUAUUUGCAAUUGCAAGCCACUCAAUUUCAGCGGAUGAAGCAACAACAGAUGGUGAAAAGUAACGUCUGGAGGCAGGGGAAAUUAGAUUAUCAGUUUCAGAAUGGUAGGACUGGCAUAGUUGGCAGAACUCAAGGUUUAUCUAUGGCGGCUUGGCCUACUUUGCAACAGUCUCAACAACAGCAGCAUCAGCAACCCGGUUCAGGGAUGAGAGCUGUUUUCCUCGGAGAUACCGGAGCAAAAAAGGAGCGAACUGGGACCGGAGUUUUUUUGCCUAGAAGAUUCGGAUCUAACCCAACUGAAACUCGCAAGAAACCAGGAUGUUCUACAGUGUUGUUACCAGACAGAGUGGUCCAUGCCUUGAAUUUGAAUCUGGAGUCUGUGGAUGACCAAUCCCAACUCAGAGGCAAUGGAAAUUUCACACCUGAAUAUGACGCUAGUUUGAAGCAGAGAAGUAAUGUGAUGAUGAUGGGAGAACAGAGGAGAAGUUUUAUGCCGCAGGCAGUGAUGAAUCAGGAACUCAGGCUUCCUCAGGAGUGGACUUAUUAACUAGUGAUGAAGAAGGGUUGUUUUUUGUUGAAGGGAUGUGCUGGAAUUUUUAAAGAUUAGUAGCAGAAGCAGCAGCAAAGAAGUUGAUUUUUAUUAGAAAGGAAGAUUUAUUAGUAGUUUUUUUUUGUUUGUGACAGUGGAUUAGUAGGCGCAGCAUAGGACAGUGGCAGUAGUAAUUAAGUAGAUGAUGAUGAUGAUGA